UUCUGAUAACAUGUAAGGAUGAGCGUCAACGGGAUAAAGCACUUAAAAUGAAGUUUCUAGGGGGUAAGAAAGUGAUACCGAGAUUGUUUAAGGAUAAGCAGAGGCUGCAAGGGGUUGUCACAGGGGUGUCAUUGGAUGUAUCUAUGGAUCAGCUCAAACGUAAUCUGUCUGGAGGUACUGUGAUUGAGGCCGUCAGGCUUAAAGGCUUCAGGAAUGGAGUUAAAGGUGAUAGCCUUUCUGUAAUGAUUCUGUUUGAUGGUGACAUUUUACCGGAUAGGGUUUACCUGGGAUAUAUUAGCUUUCCAGUACGGGCUUACAUCCCUCCACCUAUUAGAUGUUUUAACUGCCAGAGGUAUGGACAUGUAGCUGCAGCGUGUAGAGGAAAGAAGCGGUGUGGUGUAUAUGGGGGAGAUCAUGAGUACGGACACUGUGCAGAGGGGGUUAAACCCAAAUGUUGCAAUUGUGGGGGAGAUCAUAAGGCUGCAUAUGGCGGAUGUGAAGUGCGGAAAAGAGCUGCUAAAGUCCAGGAAGUUCGAGUUACGCAGGGGCUAACCUAUGCUGCAGCUCUAAAGGAGGUUAAUACGGUUGCUCCUCCUGAAGGCAGUGCUGUAAGAUCAGCGCGCACAGUUACUGAUGUUCCUAGAACCGCCCUGAGCCACCAAACGCACUGUCCUAUCACUCGAGAUACUCUGGUAGUUGAUAAGAUAAAGUUUGUUAUGUUUAUGGCCGAUGUGGUCAACUGUACUGCCCAGACUAAUAGUAGGACCGAAAGAAUUAAAAUCAUUGUUAGAUCUGCAGAAAAGUUUCUGGAUAUUAAAAGUUUGACUUGGGAAGUGAUUAGCUCGAGUCUUGCUGGGAGGGUUCAACCUUCGCAGUCUAGUGAUGGCCCGUAAUGGGAAUUUUAAUAUUACAGUGGAAUGCAAGGAGUUUGAUUGCUAAUGGACAAGAUUUUAAGAAAUUUGUGAUUAGUAGAAAAUGUGUACCUGAUAUUGUGUGUGUGCAAGAGACCUGGCUUAAACCCCAUUUAAGUUUUACUUUGUCAGGUUAUGUAGUCAUUCGAAGGGAUAGGGAUAAGGGUAAUGGUGGAGGUGUAGCUACUUUUAUUAGGGAAGGAAUUGGGUUUAAAGUUAAGCACUUAAGCAGUGAGUUUGAGUCAUUGGUGGUGGAGGUAUGGGGCACGAGUGGGAAAUUCAAGAUUGUCAAUAUGUAUAACCCGUGUGAUAAACUUUCUGUAGACGUUCUGUCGAAAAUGGCAGGACCAGGACAGGGUAAGGCAUUGUGGUGUGGAGAUUUUAAUGCGCACAGCUCACUAUGGGGUAGUUCUGUUACUGAUGGAAAUGGUCUGGCUGUUGAGGAGUUUUUAAUGGAAGAGGGCCUGGUAUGCUUAAAUGAUGGUAGGGCUACUAGGUUUAGUAUGAAUAGUCAUACCAAGUCUGCUAUUGAUUUAACACUAGCUUCUUCUGAUUUGGCUGGCAUGAGUACUUGGGAUGUGGUGCAUUUUACUUCUCUGGGUAGUGACCAUUAUCCUAUUUUUUGUGAGUUGGGUACAGAGGUUGUUACAGAACCAAGAGGAUACUUGCAUAGGUGGAAUUUUGAUAAGGCUGAUUGGAACAAAUUCUCUGAACUGUGUGAACUUAGAUUGUUGGACUGGUCUAUGUCUGGAGAUGUAAAUAAAUGUAAUGAGGAGCUGUGUGGAAUUCUGUAUAGAGCUGCUGAGGAAUCCAUACCUGUAAAGAAGUUUGGUGGUAAGAAGGCAGCAGUUCCCUGGUGGACUCCAGAAUGCUCUUUAGCAGUCAGAAGGCGUAAUACUGCCCUCCGUGUGGUGCGAAGAACCUUGUUGGCAUCUGAUCUAAUUAUUUAUAAACAAGCUCAAGCUGUGGUCAGGAAAACUGUAAAAUCUUCAAAGAAGGAGUACUGGAGGUCCUUUUGUAGUAGUAUUGGGACUGACAUUCCUGUGACUGAAAUUUGGACUAUGAUUAGGAAAAUGAGGGGCAUUAGAAAAACUGGGACGAUUCCUGUUUUACAGAAGGGAGACUGGGAAGCUGUGACUGAGGUGGACAAGGCAGAAGUUCUGGCUCAAGCUUUUGUACAGGUUCAUGGAUCUGCAAAUUUAAGUAGUGAGCUGGUGGC